GCGCAACCCGAUCUUUACACCAAACAAAAGCUCUCGGAAGUGUCGCGUGUGUUUUUUAAUUCGGGAAAGAGAAACUGAUGAUCAAGUUUGAAAAUGUUACCGAACAAAGCGCUGGCUGAAGAACGAUAUAAACCGCGCGAAUAUACUCGGAUUGAUUAGCUCUGACGGCGCGAUUCUUUAUCUGUCUGUAUAUGAGAUUAAUACUGUGAUUUCCGUGUGUUAUUGUGCGGCUGCUGAUGAGAAGAUCAGGUUUAAACUUUCUCUGUUUUAGUCUCAGUUUAGUGUCCCAGCAGUGCUGUAGGUUUGGACUGGUUCUGUCAGAGAUCUGUUGUUGAUCAUUAUCUGACGGGACAGUCUCAUCAGGAUGACUGUGGCAGUGUUUUUUGGAUGUGCUUUCAUCGCUUUCGGUCCAGCUUUCUCCCUGUUUGUGUUCACCAUCGCCAGAGACCCGUUAAGAGUCAUCAUUCUGAUCGCAGGGGCCUUCUUCUGGCUGCUGUCUCUGCUCCUGUCCUCUCUGGUGUGGUUCAUCUCCAUCAAGGCCAGUAACUCACAGGAUCUCAGGCUUCAGAGGGAUCUGCUGAUUUUUGGGGUCUUCUUCUCGGUCCUGCUCCAGGAAGUGUUUCGCUUCGCCUACUACAGACUGCUCAGGAAGGCCACCGAGGGUCUGGCAGCCAUCAGUGAUGAGGACACUUCAGCUAUUUCUGUGCGACAGAUGGCUUACGUGGCCGGGCUGGGUUUUGGGAUCAUGAGUGGGGCGUUCUCGAUGAUCAACGUCCUGUCUGACUCUCUGGGGCCCGGGACGGUCGGCAUCUUCGGAGACUCACAGUAUUACUUCAUUACAGCAGCGCUGAUGACGCUGGCGCUGACGCUGCUGCACACGUUUUGGGGUGUGCUGUUCUUCGAGGGCUGUGAGAAGAGCCGCUGGUGGGUCAUCGCUGCCGUCGUCUCUCUACACUUGUUAGUCGCUGGCCUGUCGCUGCUGAAUCCGCUGUAUGAGGGCAGUCUGCCUCCUGUGUACGUCAUUACGCUGCUGAUGGGCGUCUGGGCGUUCUUCUCCUCUGGAGGAUCACUACACAGCCUCAGUGCUGUCUGCACACGCAGGAAAGCGGAGGGGGAAUCGUCCUAAGAUGGUUUUGGUCAUGCCUAGUGAGAUCUAGGAUGACAGAUGGACUGAGUCUGCAGCUGGAGUGAAUGAAGAGCCCGAUCACCAGCUCAAACCCUGAGGGGAUCCAGACACGUCCCGUCCAGCAUCAGCCAUCUCCACGGGGCCGACGGCCAUCAGACUCACAGAAACACUGUAAAUAGCUUGAUCUGAAUGCAAAUCAAUAAGACAGAUCUCUAAUAUUAUUGUUUUAAAAGCAUCACUGUCCAGCUCUUCUUGUGAAUGUUUGUAGUUUUGACUUUUAUUUGCUGAGGUCCUGUAUGUUCUGAAUCAAACAGAGCAUCAGUUUCACCCUCUUUUACUCAUCUUCUCAUUAUUACUGCACUCAUACAUGUGUGAAGUCCAGAGCAUUUCCAUUUACUGCCUUUAAAACCUUGAAGAGUUUUCAUAAUAGCUUUGUACAUUUUGAAACACAUUAUAUGUUUUGUGGAAGGAAAACUUUUUACUUUUUCAAACAACAAAUGUCUUAACCAUUUCUGUGUAAUUAUGCAGGACAGAUUGAUGCUUGGUGAUCGUUUUUCAUCAAUAUAGUCAUUAGACAUCUGUAGAGAACAGGAAUCACAAAGCAAUUGAAAAACUCAAUUUUCAAUGUAUUUCUGACAAUUGAAUGCAGUCUUUCCAUAUCUAACAGAAUCUUCUGUCCGUGUUCAUAUGUGACCCUGGAGCACAAAUGCAGUCAUAAUUUACAUAUAUAUGGUAUAUUUGUAGCAAAAGCCAACAAUACAUUAUAUGGGUCAAAAUUAUCUAUAUUCUUAAAUGCCAAAACUUAAUUUUUUAUUAGUAAUAUGCAUAGCUAAGAUCUUCAUUUAAACAACUUUAAAGAUGAUUUUCUCAAUAUUUAGAUUUUACUGCUCACUCAAGAUUCCAGAUUUUCAAAUAGUUGUAUCUCAGACAAAUAUUGUCCUCCGAACAAACCAGACAUCAAUGGAAAGCUUAUUUAUUCAUGAUGUAUAAAUCUCAAUUGUAAUAAGCGGACCCUCAUGACUGGUUUUGUGGUUCUGGGUCACACAUGUGCUUCAGACGUGUUAUCGGACACUUACUCUGCGCUGCUGAAUGUAGAUCCACACUUGUCUUCUCAUCAGUGAGUCACACUAACAUAGCUUUAAUUGCUAACCCAGCACACUAACAUCACUGCAUUUACUCACACAUGAGCGUUUUCCAGUCUGAUAUUCUGAAAGCUCAUCCAGCACACGCUCAUUACGGUACAUCACAGACCGCAGUGAAGUUGGGAGAGGUUUCUGGUCUACAUUACAUACAGAUGGAGCUCUCGUCAUGUUCUGUAUAUUGGACACAAAAACUCGGUGCUUUCCUGUAUUUCAAGUACAAAAUGACUUCUUGUAAUAAUGUAACAUUUUAAUGCUGCUUUAUAAAGUUUCUAAGAAUAUGAUGUGCCAAACAGAGAAUCAGAUUACUGUUCAUAUGCAAAAUUGAUUUGACAAAAAUAUAAAACAAACCCUGGUAAUCAUUU